AUGUACAAGUCGGAAACAUGUUCGACUGAAUCUGCCACAAAUGCUUCUUCCUCGCAACCUCCUGAAAUAGAAAGAACUUAUACGUCAAGCGACACAUCAACGAAGGUGGUAAAGAAGAAGAAGACUAUCACAAAGGCAUUAGUGAAGCGUCUACUAGGCGUUGUGGCUGACUUAUCUUCUAAAGUAGAUCGUGUAUUACAGAAAAAAGAUGAGCCAAACACACGUUUUGUAGAGGAUGAGGUGGAGGAGGAGAUGAUAAAUGAAGAUGAGGAAGAAGCAUAUUACCAUGGUACACAGUUCAAAUAUGGUGGUCUUGAGGAGGAAGUUGGACGUACACCUACGCAUGGUGAGCCGUCAUCGGACCUUGGGGAACAUCACUCAAAAACAGUGACUCCUAUUGAUGCAAUCGACACCAAAAGUGAAAAAAUCAGCAAAACAAGGAAGAAAAAAAUAGUGGAGAGUCCUGAAAAGGUAAAUGAGGACAUUGUCAAUGCAGAGACUAGUGAUGUUUCAAACUAUCUCUUACUGGACAGUAUUUAUGCUACUAGCACGAUGAGUUUUUGGAAAGAAUGGAGUAUGAUCUCUUCCAAACUCAUCACUAAACAUAGGCUGCAUAUGCUCCCACUGGAUAUAGAUUUUUGGUCAAGGUUACUUGCUGUUACUCACCAAGGGUGGUUAAUUUCUUCGGUUCUAUUCGUAAUAAAUGUUGUUGGUGCCCAUUGGUUUAUGACGGUGCUACAUUUAGAUACCUGGAAAGUAGAUAUUUAUGAUUCAGCACGACCUAUGGAUUACUUCUCAAAGUACUUAACUGGUGGAGAAUUCACAAGUUUUGGAGAUAGUAUUAUCUCAGAGUUAGAUGCCAUUGAGUACUGGAACGAUUUCCCCGUUGGACACAAAGACAAAGCAAAGGGGUACCAAUGA